UUGCCACCUGACGCUACAAGACAAUGCACUUGGACUAAAGAUGCACUUAAGAAAGGGGUAUUUUAUCCCCACUCUACACAAGAUUGGAAAAGGACCGAGAAAAUUGUGCCCAACGUUCUGUCUUUAAUAGGAAACACACCCAUGGUAAAAUUGAAUUCAAUACCAAAAAAAGCCGGGAUUAAGUGCAAUAUAUAUGCAAAAUUGGAAUACUUCAAUCCAGGAGGUUCAGUAAACCGAAUAGCAAAAAGAAUUAUAGAAGAUGCCGAGGCACAAGGACUUUUAAGACCCGGGAUGACGAUCAUUGAAGCUACUUCUGGAAAUACUGGAAUCGGAGUGGCAUUAGCUUCGGCCAUUAAAGGAUACAAGUGUAUAAUAGUCAUGAGCGAAAAGAUGUCGAACGAGAAAGUGGCAGUAAUAACAGCAUUAGGAGCAGAACCGAUUAAGACACCAAUCACAGCCGACUCGUAUUCUACCGAGGGAAUUUUUGGCGUAGCAAAUCGAUUACACAACGAAAUUCCCGAUUCUCUAAUACUGGACCAGUUUUCCAAUCCGGGAAAUCCACUGGCACACUACGACACCACCGCGGAGGAGAUAUUGGAUCAGUGCAAUCAUAAAGUUGAUUACCUGGUAAGGAAAAUAGCAAAUUAAUUUAUUUAA